AUGCUGUCUUGUACGUGGAUGCUCAAGAUGAUAAGUUUCCAUCAUACCUUACAUGACUUGCGCUUAAUCAUUUUGUCUGAUACAACUUCAUUGACGGAUAUUAUUCCUUUUGACGAUGAACGCGCAAGUUAUCUACACUAUCCCUACUCCUUGAGUUUGAAGCAUUUUGUGGUGUAUCUGAUAGCCCCGACUCUUUGCUUCCAGUUUAAUUACCCCAGGAGAAAAGAUCGAGAUUGGCAGAAGAUUGGAAAAGCAGCGUUGCAGCUGGCGUUUAGUUUAAUCCUAUUAAAGAUUAUAUAUGAGCAGUAUGUGACCAAGGUGCUAGAGAAUACAUUUACAUUGCGAUAUGGUGGCGAGGAUGGGAUGAAGAUGGUGUUACAUAUGGUCGAGCGAUUAAUGAAGUUAUCAAUCCCAACUUUAUAUUGUUGGUUGCUGAUGUUUUUAUCGUUCUUCCAUUACUGGAUGAUGUUCCUGGCGGAGAUUACGCGUUUCGAGGAUCAGCAAUUUUAUCGAGAGUGGUGGAAUGCGACGUCAUUGGAAGAGUAUUGGCGUAGGUGGAAUUUGCCGGUGCAUCAUUUCUGUAUACGGCACGUUUAUAUCCCGUUGAUAAGCCACGGCUGGUCAAGAACGGUGGCGAAUCAAACUGUCUUCUUGCUGUCUGCGUUGGCCCAUGAGUACAUCGUGGCGGGGAGCCUGAAGCUUGGCUGGACGGGCCUGGUCUUCCUCGCAUUCGUCAUGCAAACGCCACUGUCUAUCCUCACCUCCUCCAAAUACAUCCAAGCGAGACCUAAACUCGGAAACUCCAUCUUCUGGAUCGUCUUCUGCUUCACUGGACAACCCAUGGGGGUACUCAUUUUCUACUACCUCUGGAACGUCAAGGCCGGACUUCUACAACCAAUCGACACCACCCAAGUCUUCAAACCUGCACCUCCAUUCUAA